UUAAUGGUGCUCUCUGGAUAUGAGCGGUGGAUUAUUCACGUUAUGGACUUUAGGAUUUUUUUUCUGAAAAAAAAAUCCCAGUCAGAGUUGAGAGGUGUUCUCCACUCCAAAUAUUUGAUGUUUCCAAUCGUUAUCUGGAAAAUAGGCAUUGGAAAAACAGAAAUUAUCCUGAUCGCCACCAGGUAUUUGAUGGUUGCUCUUGACCAGAGGCCAACAAUGCCCAUUGCAGAUGGGAAAACACCUAUCUCUGUCCCAUUUUUGGAGCACAAUCUACGAGACCGAGGAUUUAAGAUCCAAGUCCUUUGAGAAAAUCUCCAAUGAGACCCAAUCAAUGAGCAUUUUGAUUCGAUGGACCAAGGGUUGAUACCUCAGCGUCUGCCCAAAGUGGGGACGGAGAACAAACUCAGCAGACCUCAGUGUUGAGAUGUUGAUGGGGAACAACUGCCCCCCCAUCACUUAAUACGGAUGUUCUCAUACGAAUUACAAGGAGCCCAGUUUAAUAUAAACGACUAAAUGUAGAGACAAUAUGACUCUUUUUUGCUUAUCUCGGUUCUUUGUUUUGAGAAUUGAUCAAUAUAAAAGCCUAAAUGUAGAGAUAACAUGUCUCUGUCACUCUACUGAGAAGGUUCUAGACUUGCGACUAUUAAGGUGGUGGAUUCAUUAAUGCGUACAU